CUAACGUCUUUCAUUUUUUCCCUCUUACUAGUAAUAAUUGGACAGUGUCAUUUCCUUUUUUCCAAACUCGAAACAAACAGAAGCACACACGUCCUCCUCUCAUUUUCCCUCCCAUCUUUAGCUUUACUAAGAAGAAAACGUAAGAAAUGGUGGCGUUCAGGGUUACUCGCGUCGGAACGACGCCGUUUGAUGGCCAGAAACCUGGAACAUCUGGUCUCCGGAAGAAGGUGAAGGUGUUCACACAACCUCAUUACUUGCAAAACUUUGUUCAGGCAACAUUCAAUGCUCUUGGAUCUGACAAAGUCAAAGGUGCCACACUUGUUAUUUCUGGUGAUGGCCGCUACUUCUCCAAGGAUGCUAUCCAGAUCAUUACAAAAAUGGCUGCAGCAAAUGGAGUAAGACGUGUUUGGGUUGGUCAACAUGGACUUAUGUCCACUCCUGCUGUAUCAGCUGUUGUUCGCGAUAGAGUCGGGGCUAAUGGGUCUAAAGCUAAUGGGGCAUUUAUAUUGACAGCAAGUCACAACCCAGGUGGCCCUCAUGAGGAUUUUGGAGUUAAGUACAACAUGGAAAAUGGUGGACCUGCGCCAGAAGGUGUUACUAAUAAGAUCUAUGAGAACACUACGACAAUAAAGGAGUAUUUGAUUGCAGAGGGCCUGCCUGAUGCGGACAUCUCUAAAACUGGCGUUUCAAGCUUUGAGGGCCCAGAUGGGAAAUUUGAUGUUGAUGUCUUCGAUUCAACUAUUGAUUAUGUGAAACUGAUGAAGUCAAUAUUUGACUUCCCAUCAAUCCAGAAGUUGCUUUCUUCUCCAAAAUUUGGUUUCUGUUAUGAUGCACUUCAUGGUGUUGCUGGAUAUUAUGCUAAACGCAUCUUCGUGGAGGAGCUUGGUGGAAAAGAAAGCUCUCUACUGAACUGUGUUCCUAAGGAGGACUUUGGUGGAGGACAUCCAGAUCCUAAUCUGACCUAUGCAAAGGAGUUAGUUGCGCGAAUGGGAUUGUCUAAAUCACUUUCUGAACCCAAUCCACCAGAAUUUGGGGCAGCUGCUGAUGGAGAUGCAGACCGUAACAUGAUUCUUGGGAAAAGAUUCUUCGUCACUCCGUCUGAUUCUGUUGCUAUCAUAGCUGCCAAUGCUGUUGAAGCCAUACCUUAUUUUUCUGGAGGUUUAAAAGGAGUUGCCAGGUUUACCAUCUUAUGGAUCUUAACUUUCUAUUACAACGAUGUCAUCAUCAUUGCCAUCAUUUUUGUUGCUAUUGUUAUUGAAGAUUUCAAGAAGAAUGAAGCUUCUUGUAUUUUUGUGUAUCUUUACAUUUCAAUGAGCAUUAGUACUUAUACAGAGGUUCCUAUGGCUAAUUUAGGAAGGAAAUCAAUUACAGCUAUUAUACAAAUCAAUUAG